CAUCAGUCCUCCCUCCUUCCCUCCCUCCUCAGCAUCAAGUGCAGCCUGAGCGGAGCGUCCCGGCGGCGACUUUUCUCAGACAGUUGCUGGAGAGCAAUGAGGAGAAGACAGCCGCCGCCUGCGAGCUGAUACCAGGACGUCUGAGAUGCUCUAACAGCCGUUUGUUCUCUUCUGGGAUCAUAUUUGUGUACAUCCGAGGAGAGCAAACAAUACAUUGCGGAUUUGGGAUAAUCCAUCAAUCGGAUGCGAGCAGAGCCAGGCCCAACUUAACAAUGGGCCCCAUACCGCUGUGCGUCCUGCUCCCGGUGACGGUGCUGGCUGUGGCAGCAGCUGUAGCUGCUGAGGACCACUCGAUUGAUGACCAGUACACCUGGCCACAGUGGAAGGUACCACUGGUUAGGAAACGACGCACUGUGCCUCUUAGCAACCCCAACUUCUCAGCUCAUCCUCAACAAGAGCUGAGCGGGACGUGCGGGAUCGAGUGUCAGCGUCACCUGCCUUCGCCUUCUCUGGACGACUUGGAGCAGUUUUUGUCCUAUGAGACGGUGUAUGAGAAUGGGACACGUACAUAUACCUCAGUUUCUUUGCAGGGUAUGAAUGAGGUGGCUGCCUGGUCAAGAAACGGCUCGUCUGGCUCUCGCCACAAACGAGAAGUGUACGGUACAGAUACCCGCUUCACCAUCGCUGAUAAACAGUUCUCUACCAAAUAUCCCUUCUCCACCUCUGUGAAGAUCUCCACAGGAUGUUCUGGAGUUCUGGUCUCCCCCAAACAUGUGCUUACAGCUGCCCACUGCAUCCAUGACGGAAAGGAUUAUCUUGAAGGAGUGCAGAAGCUGCGUGUUGGUAUUCUAAAGGAGAAGUCCAAACGAGGGAAAGGAGGCAAAGGGAGAGGAGGGAGAGGAAAGGGUAAAAAAAGAAAGGGCGACAGAGCUAAAGAGGAAGCCCAGGAUAAGGAGGAGAAUGCUGGGAAAGAGGGGCGUAAAGGAAAAGGGAAAGGCAGAAAGAGUCGGAGUCGUAGAAGUGCUGAAUCUGGAAAGCCUUCAUUUAGGUGGACCAGGGUCAAACAGACCCAGGUUCCUAAGGGCUGGUUCAAAGGCGUGUCUGAUGGACUGGCUGCGGAUUAUGACUAUGCCGUUCUGGAGCUGAAGAAAGCACCGAAAGUAAACCACAUGGAUCUGGGUGUCAUCCCCUCAGUCAAGAAGGUUCCUGCUGGGCGGAUCCACUUCUCCGGCUUUGACGAUGACCGACCUGGUAACUUAGUGUACCGGUUCUGCUCCGUGUCUGAGGAAUCCAAUGACUUGCUGUAUCAGUACUGCGAUGCUAAACCUGGCUCUAGCGGCUCUGGAGUGUACAUUCGCCUCAAAGAGCCAGGCAAGAAGAAGUGGAAGAGGAAGGUUAUUGGGGUUUUCUCUGGUCAUCAAUGGGUGGAUGUUAACGGGAACGGGAUGCAGCAGGAUUACAACGUGGCUGUGAGGAUAACGCCCCUCAAAUAUGCUCAGAUCUGCUACUGGGUCCACGGGGAUUCGAGUGAGUGUCAAGUAGCCUGAGACAACACAGCACUGCUUUAUCCACCAUCCCUUUUACUCCGAUCCACUUCCAUAAACAGACUCACCCGUCACCUUGUAUCACCAAGCAGGGGCCAGACGACUGUCUCUCCUCUCCCUGUCUUCCUGUCGUCUGCGUUGCCUCCAAAUAGAUCUGGCUACACUGUUCGACAUGAACACACACAGCCAAGCAGACUCAGUCUUGACAGCAACAGGAACUCAUCAAUCCAUCGAGAGGACUGUGGCCUGUCAACUUUUCUAAUUUAUUUGCUUUAAAAAAAUUGAAUUAAAAAAGAUUUUCAGAUCUGCAGAUUCUACUUUAAGUUUUUUUUUUUUUUACUUAAAAACAAAAUUAAUCUCUUUGGAGACAAUGUUGAAAAGGGUAUUUACUGUAAGCCCUGCUACGUUUAUAGUUCUCCUAGUUUUUGAACCAAGAGAAGAGACUGUAAUUUAAAAAAUGUUUUCCACCACUGUAAAAAAAAAGAAAAACAAAACAAAAAGAAAAAAACAAAACAAAUAUACAUUGGUGUAAUGAAAGACCCAGACACAAACUAAUGUAACAUAUUGAAAGAAAAAAAAAGAGAAAACUUUUUAUGACCAUUUUAAUUGAUAACAGAAUGUUUUGCAUUGUGUAUAUCUAGAAUAUUGUGUUAGUUUAAUUUUUUACAGCUACCUUUUCAAGAUGAUUUUUCUGUCUCAAUAGAGAAAGCAUCCUUUUAGAUGCUGUAUAGAUUUUUUUUUUUUUUAAUGAUUUAUGAGUUUCAUCAUUUUCUCUGUUUUUGCAACAGUGAAAUGUGGUUUCAUUGUUGUGCACAUAAACAUAUAGGAGCAAAUCCAGAAGACGUGGUGCUAAUUUAUGGGACUGUAAGCUUUAUGUUUUCUUUUUCCAGAAAAUAUUUUGAUGGCCUAGUACUGUAACUGUGUAUUUAAUGUGAGGCUACAUAUUUGGGUGGUGUUACAAUGGGACUGAACCAUUCAACACUUUACUUGAGCUGUUUAUAUUUCUGUAUUUCUAAAUGAAUUUUUGACAAGCAUUUUAACAAGUUUAAAAUUGGAAUGUAACAUCUUUGACUUUUUUCUUUUUCUUUAUUAUUAUUAAUGUUAUUAUUUGCUUUUCAUUUUUAUUUUUUAAUUCAGGAGUAUCCAUUUUGAAUACCAAAUACUUAAAAUUAAUUAUGCAAACUGAAGAUUACCAACCAUUAAAGCAAAAUUUUCUAUGUG